CUUCAGCUAGCAGCAUGUGUGAAAGGGGGUGAAGAGGUCAUAUAUAAACGUAUGACCUCUGACCUUAGUCGACCCACAAGCAAUCCACCAUGGCCAGUGAGGUCGCUGACCUUUCCGCUCUUCAGACAGUCGGAUCGAUCCCAUGUAAAAAAAUAAAUUGGCCCGAUGCUGCACCACAACCCGUCAUUCAGCUAUCGGUCCAACCACCCCUUAACGCUACUCUAGUGGCGAAGAGCAGUCCUCGCCCCCGUCAGCACCGCAGAGCUUCGAGUUCCAGUUUGCCGAGCAGACGGGGCCGGUGCUCGCCGGCCCUGGAGCAAAGAAAGAGAGCCUGCUGUCGAUGCCUGGGAUGCCGUCCAUGAUGGGGCUACCGAAGCUGAGCUCAGAGCAGCAGGAGGCAGUGAUGAGAGCUAAGAAGUACGCCAUGGAGCAGAGCAUCAAGAGUGUGCUGGUCAAACAGACAUUAGCACACCAGCAACAGCAAAUGUCCAACCUCCAGAUGCAAGCCCAGAGGCAGCGUGCUAUCGCCCUGAUGUGCAGGGUGUACGUCGGCUCCAUCAGCUUUGAACUGAAGGAAGACACCAUCCGUCAAGCCUUCCAUCCCUUCGGUCCCAUCAAGAGCAUCAACAUGUCCUGGGACCCCAUCACCAUGAAGCACAAGGGAUUUGCCUUUGUGGAGUAUGACCUUCCUGAAGCAGCCCAGCUGGCCCUGGAGCAGAUGAACGGUGUCAUGAUAGGUGGAAGGAAUAUCAAGGUUGGUCGACCAAGCAAUAUGCCCCAGGCACAGCCAGUAGUAGACCAAAUUAUGGAAGAAGCUAAGAAUCAGCCUAGGAUAUUUAUCACAUCAAUUCAUUCAGAUCUCUCAGCUGAUGAUAUCAAAAGUGUAUUUGAAGCCUUUGGUAAAAUUGUAACCUGUAGUCUACCAUCAGACUCUAUUGGAGGAAAACACAAGGGUCAUGGGUUGAUUGAAUACGAGAACAUGCAGUCAGCUUCGGAUGCCAUUUCAUCGAUGAACCUCUUUGAUCUCGGAGGCCAGUUUCUUAGAGUUGGAAGAGCGAUUACCCCUUCAACAAUGACUGCGAUUCCUGCUGUUCUUACUGGCACUGGUCUUCCACCCGCUGCUGCUGUUGCUGCCGCCGCUGCUACAGCUAAGAUACAGGCCCUUGAUGCUGUGACAGCACCAGCUGCAGCUGCAGCUCUCAGCAUGGUGAGUGGAGCCCCGACCAGCCUCAUCAACCCUACCGCCUUGACCGCUGCUCCCGGACUUCUGGCAACGCCUCAGGUUGGCAUUCUGGGUAUGCCCCAUGCCGUCAUGGCAAGUUCAGCUGCUGGAGUUAUCACAGGAGUGACACCCGUCAGACCCCAGAUUGCUACGAUCCCUAUCUCCACAGCAGCUCCUGGUGUCCUAACGACGGCCCCCGGGAUGACUGCUGGCUUGAUGGCCCCUACCAUGGUAGCCGCAGCAACGGCCGGUAUCACAACGGAACUACCCAAGGAGGAAGUGGUGGAGACGAAAGAUGCAGAGCUUCCGCAGACCAUCAGCGAGCAGGAGAACAUGACGAUAUCAGGCAGCAACGCAAGGCACAUGGUCAUGCAGAAACUACUCAGAAAAUCAGAUUCAUGUGUUAUGGUGUUGCGCAACAUGGUGGGCGUAGAGGACCUUGAUGAUGACCUGGAAGGAGAGGUGACGGAAGAAUGCGGCAAGUUUGGAACGGUCAACAGAGUGGUCAUCUACCAAGAGAGACAGGGAGAAGAGGAAGAUGCGGAGGUCAUCGUCAAAAUCUUUGUGGAAUUUGGAGAUCCAGCAGAAGCCGAGCAAGCAGCUGAUGCUCUCAACAGUAGAUGGUUUGGUGGCAGGAUGGUCCGGGCAGAGAUCUACGACCAAGACAAAUUUGAUUCAAGUGACUUAUCGGGUUGAUCCUUUUCUCUUCUUCCAACCUGUUCAUUCUUCUAUAUCUCCAAUUCACAUGGUGAUUUCAAGUUCAGUGUUGACAGAUGGUAUAGGUGUUUGGUCAAUUUUUAUGCCAGCCUCGGCAUUUGAAUUAAAGGUAGUGCAAGAUCUGAACUUUUGAGCCAUUGAUAGUGUCAAUAGUGUUGAUGAUUGGUGUAAAUCUGCAUUUGGUGAUGGGGGUAUCUUAGGUGGCCAAAUGUGUACUCUCGACUUAAACACCAGCCAGCACUAAUGUCAACACCAAAAUUGAUAUCACCAAUUGUGUUCUUUCCAUCUUUUGCUGAUUCAUCAGUCUUGUCCACCUUGAUAACUGUUUUAUGUAAGAUCCUGAACGUCCUUUUCUUUAAUCCAUGAGCACCUAAACCUGUGGUAAGAAGUUUUUUGGUUCUUUAAAUUCAAAGAAAGUCAGUAGAGGACCAGAGGCUUAUGCAAACAGACUUUAGGCUGUUAGGUCCAGGGGUAUGUCGGACGAAUGUGUUGGAAACGUAUGCAUGACUUUACAAUUGGUUUGAAAUAUGACAAGCCAAAUGGGUGUGGUCAAUCAUUUUAUAAUCACUUCAGCUAAAAUUAAAGUAUGCAGAUUCAGAGUAACAAUCUUAUCAUAAAUAAUUAUAUUUCAUUCAAAGGGCAUUUUUUUUCUCAGUUCAAGUUAGAUAUCUGGAAAUGUAGUUGGCUUCGAAUGAGGAGGAAAUUUUUUGGCCAUACCAUUCAGCAAUCCAUAUUUAAUUCAUUCAUAAAGCCAUUUAGGUUAUUGAAACACUUCCCAGAAGCCUAUUAUGCCACAAUCAAACCAACGAAACUGACGUUACUCAGACUGAUCAAAUACCAUUCAAAAUAACAUAUUUGCUUUGAUUGGUCUAGAGUUGGUUUCAUUGGUCUAACUGAAGCAUGAGAUUUAGUAGCAUAUUCAGAAGUGGUAACUCUCAAUACUCUUUUGCUCAAACCUCGCAUUACACUUAGUUGAAAAUCUGUUCAUAUUGAUUUGAAUCCUUAGUAUAAGAAAUUAUAUGUGUUUUGGUAAUUCAAUUAUGAAAUAAGUAUAAUGAAAUACAUGGCUUGCAUUCAAUAAAACAAACUUAAGUUAUCCAAUGCAAACAAACUUUCACAUCCUCAAAUUGGCACCCAACUUAUUCAGAUGCAUAAAUAAAUCUUCCACUAAAGUUGGCAGAUUGUACUGCAUUAUGCAAUAUAUUUAUUAUAACAGUUUUAUUUUAGAUAUAUUGACUGCUGAUAGAAUAUGAAUGGAAAGUAAAUAUUGGUGUUUUGCCAAUUUGAGGAGAGAACCACAAAGCAUUGUGAUGUUUGGAAAAUGAUAUCUGUGACUGAUCUUCUCUCAAGUGUAUUCCAGUAAGAAAGUCGAGAUUAUGUCUCUAAUCUACCCUUUCAUAUGUACAAUGAAAUAUCAUGCAAUGAAGUUUGUUUAUUCUAUUCUUUGUAUUUGUCACACUUUUAUAUCAAUGUAAUGAAUGCACAAUCAAUAUUAUGACUUGUUCCAUUUCAGUGAGUAUGUAUCAAGAAAAGUAUAUUCAUGGAUGGGUUUUUAUCCCAUUUAGUCUGUUGUAUCAAUUAAUUCCAUCGUUGAAUCCUGCUAUUCUGUUUCUUGGUGGUGAUUUUAUUUUUACCUGGUUGCUAUUGUGUGAAUGCUUGUAAGAAAGCAACCAGAGGACUGAAGGCUUAAGGUCCUCUCUGAGGAAACUGGUAAUGAGGAUAAAUUCCUUACCAAAGGGCACUAGUGCACCAAGUGGGAAAUCAAAUCUUCUUAGGCAUAAUUUGUAUGUUCUGGGACUAAUUCACUAAAACUGCUAAAUUCAGUUUUUAGAGGUUUAAUCUAUUAUGUGAUAUUUCACUGCAGCAUUUAAAAAUGAUUUUACCUGUUAGUGAAUGAUACAUGUAGAGAGUGAAUUUGCUAGAGAUUUAGCAAAUGUUAUUGAUUUCAUGUUUGUUAAACGGGCAGAGAUGAAUGUAAGUAAUUACUACACUGGUUUUAUUAUUAUUUUUCAUUUUCAUAGAUCUGAUUUCAUUUUGUGGCAUGAUGAUCAACAUACCUAGUCAAAAUUUAAAUACAUGACAUUUUAAUUGGUUGAUAUUCUUUUUUUAAAUAUUUUUUAAAUACAUUUUUUGGUUCUCAAUGGAAUACAUGCUCUGCAUUUGAUGCACGUGCAUUAUGGGUGAUUUCUACAGACUUUCAAGUCACUAUAUUAUUGUCAUGCUGCUUAGGGUCUCUUUUUUUAGGAAGAGUUGCCAGAUAUAUCAGAACCCAAGAUGUUUUUCUUACCCUUUGUAUUGAAGAUGACCAUACAGUAUGUCCAUUGAGAGAUGUAUUGCAUAAAUGUACACCGUAAAUAGUGUUCAAUCUUAAGCUGUUGCUUGCUGCUAGAUGGAGGGUAGUCUGCUGUGCAAACCCUUCACUCAAGGAAAGUGGUCUGAAUUCUCAGCCUACAGUGACUUGUGUACAGAAGGUCCAACUUGCUCGGGAAGAGCAAGUUGUAUCUUAGCUAGUCUUUUGUGAAGACCCACUUGUUGAUCAAACGUUUCAAUCAUGGUCUGUUCCUGCAGACUAGACGAAGAUUAUCAGCUUACAUGAUCACUUUCUCGUAAAGCAUAAAGACUUCGGAAAAUGGGAUUGUGAACUUAAACACCUAAUCUGAUUCUCCUUAAGGAAUCUGUCAGAUUGACAAAGAAAUUAGAUGAUUUUUUUUUUCAUUACACAAAAUUUUAACUGUAUACCAGAUGUAGUCUGAAGCCAGCUGAACCCAAGUCAAAGGUCACAAGCUACUAGAAAACUCAAAACACUGAUUGAAUUUCACCUCCUUAACUUAAGCCAUCAUGCAUCCUCCCACACUUUGCCUCCACCCAGGUGUUAAAUGGUUUCCAAGAGGAUGCAAAAGCCUAUCUGGUAUGCCUAGCAAUUAAGAUUGGAAACUCUUGUGAAAAUGCUGCCCAUGGAGUGGAGAAAGUGUGUAAAAAGUUUGCUGGCAAGGCAGGAUUCAAUGGCGGGGAUAAUGUAUCUGUAAAAACCUUGAGACGUCUUAUUAUAUAGCGCUAUAUGAAAGUGGAAUAGCAUCAUUAUUAUCCCUAAUUUAAGAAGUUUAUUAUCAACCUUUGGUAACAGUGUCUCCCACCUCAGAAAUACCCCUCUUGCUCUGAUUAUUUAUUUUAAAGCAGAAUAUUGCAAUGCAAUUGAGCUUUUUGUAAGGGACCCCAUUAAAUUUGAUAAGUAUAAAGUACAACUGAAGCUAGGGCCAAAUAAAGUAUACUGUUGAAUGCAAGUGUUAAUGUGUAAGUGUUCAUGAUCUAUAUUAUUAUGUAUGUGCUUUCAAAGUGCUGUAAUUAUUUAUGUCAGCCUUAUUAGCUGUUGUUCUGCCAGCUACCAAACUCAUUGUAAAUAAAGAAUUGUGUACAUAUUUUA